GCGCCUGGUGUUAAGGUGCGGUACUACCGUUUGGUGAACACUAGAUUAAUUCCAGUAGGAUAUUUAAGAAUCCUUCUUAAACUGACAUAUUUUACAUUUAUUUCUAAAAAUCAAACUUAAAAACUAAAAUCCUUUCUUCUUCUUCUUCUGAAAACUUUUGUUUAAAUUCUUUAUCAAAAAUUAUUCUCAAUUUUCAUACAUAACAAUGUCUAGAAGAGAGAGAUCGUACGAUUCUGGUCGCGCCGACCGAAAAGGUUUAUCACGUGGUUUGGGUGGCAUGAGAUUUGGUGGUGGCCGUGGUGGAUCUAGUGGUCUUGGAGGCCGUCUUAACAAAAAUAGUCAACCCGGUGAACGUCUUAGGAAACCAAGAUGGGAUUUAUCAAGAUUGCCUAAAUUUGAGAAGAAUUUUUACAGAGAACACCCUAAUGUUACCAAUAGACAUUUAGAUGAAGUUCAAGCCUUUCUUAAAAGUAAUGACACUACAAUUCGUGGUCGAAAUCCUCCAAAGGCUAUAUUCUCAUUUCAUGAAGCAGGUUAUCCAGAUUAUGUAAUGGAAGGGAUUGCCAAAUGUGGGUUUUCUAAUCCAACACCUAUUCAGUCUGUAGGCUGGCCUAUAGCACUGUCUGGUAGAGAUAUAGUUGGUAUUGCCAGAACUGGUUCUGGUAAGACAUUAGGAUUCUUGUUACCUGCUAUAGUGCAUAUAAAUCACCAACCAUAUUUAGAAAGAGGAGACGGUCCUAUUUGUUUAGUACUUGUACCUACUAGAGAGCUAGCUCAACAGGUUCAAGAAGUUGCUAUUGAAUUUGGCCGACAUUCAAAGGUACGCAACAGUUGCGUUUAUGGAGGUGCUCCUAAAGGCCCCCAAAUCAGAGAUUUGGAAAGAGGUGCAGAGAUUUGCAUUGCUACACCAGGGCGUCUUAUAGACUUCUUAGAAGCUGGUAAAACAAAUCUUAGGAGAACUACAUAUUUAGUUAUGGAUGAAGCUGAUAGAAUGUUGGAUAUGGGCUUUGAACCACAAAUUAGAAAGAUUAUGGAGCAGGUUCGGCCCGACCGCCAAGUGCUUAUGUGGAGUGCUACUUGGCCAAAAGAAGUGAGAUCAUUAGCUGAGGAAUUCCUUAAGGACUACAUUCAGAUCAACAUAGGUGCUCUGCAACUUAGUGCGAACCACAAUAUUUUACAAAUAAUCGAUGUUUGUAAUGAAUCUGAGAAAGAUCACAAAUUAGUAAAGCUUCUAGAAGAGAUAAUGAAUGAAAAAGAAAACAAAACAUUAGUUUUUGUUGAGACUAAACGAAGAGCAGAUGAGUUACAAAGAAGAAUGAAACGUGAUGGCUGGCCUGUUAUGGCUAUUCAUGGUGAUAAGUCACAACCAGAGAGAGAUUGGGUGUUAAGUGAAUUCAGAACAGGACGUAUACCAAUUAUGAUUGCUACUGAUGUUGCAUCUAGAGGCUUAGAUGUGGAUGAUAUAAAAUUUGUGAUAAACUUUGACUACCCGGCCACCUCAGAAGACUAUGUUCACCGUAUUGGGCGAACUGCUCGCAGCAACAAUACUGGCACUGCGUACACUUUCUUCACUCCUGCUAAUAUGAAACAAGCACAAGACCUUAUGUCUGUGCUUAAAGAAGCUAACCAAGUCAUCAAUCCUAAAUUAAUGCAAUUGGCAGAGAGUGCAAGAGGAAUAUUUGGAAAAGGACGCAGUCGCUACCGAGGUGGCAGGGAUAGAGAUAAUGGAAGUGGUGGCCGCUUUGGAUCUAGUGGCAGCCGUGGUGAUCGUGGAGGUGGUUCUCGUGGGAGCAGCUAUGGUAGUGGCCGUGAUCGUGGAGGUGGUUCUCGUGGUGGUUAUGGUGGGUCUUCAGGUUCAGGAAACUAUGGAGCUGGUAGCCAGUCCAGAGGAUCAUUUGGAUCUAAGCCAGGUGGUAGUUCUGAAAGAAAUAGAUUUUCAGCUAACUCUGGUAACUUUAACCAAAAUAAUGUAGGAAGUUAUGGCACUAACGUAGGGAACAAGACCGGUGGUUAUGGAAUGCAUUCAAAGCCUAAUUAUAAUACUGGUAGUAAUGUGGGUCCUAAAUCUAAUUAUCCAUCUCAGAAUUCCAGUUAUCCUACAGCAAAUAGUUCAAACUAUGGCACCCAAAAUAGUUCACGGCCUGUACAAGCACCCGGACAGUAUGGGUCUCAAAAACCCCAGAACUCCUAUCAGAUGAAUGGUUACGGCGGUGCUCCAGCACCUCCAGCACAGUCAACUAGUUCUAAUCAACAGAAUGGUAAUGCAACUAGUGGGGCUGGUACACAGAAUUUGCAAAACUUACAAAAUAUGGCUUUCAUGUACAGUCAGUGGAUGCAAAAUCAGCCGGGUGGUAACUCUCAGCAACAGCCCCCUCCUCCACCUCCUGGAAAAACAACCAAUCCGCCACCUCCACCAUCUACCAACUACAAUUAUCAGUAUCGUUAAAUCAAGCAUUUUCUCACUUAGUUAUUAUUGUUGUACAUAGAUGCUCCAAUAUAUUAAGUCAUUUCCAUUUUCACGCUGCAUGUGAUGUCUUUGUGCUUUUUAUCUAUCAUUAACCAAAACAACAAUGGAAAAAAAAA